AAGCGACCUCGGCGUCUCAUAUAUGACAUCCAAGAACAACGACGCCCUACACGCCUUUCAGAGUACAAACGCCCCUCCACCACCAGCACCACAUACGCAAUCACAAAAUCCGAUCGAACAGACUAUAAACUCUCACCCAUCGAUCCUGUUCACUCCUCCCACCGGCAUACACACAUAUAUAUCUAUGCGCCCCUUCAUACCUCGAGCCACCACCUCGUUACUACGACCGCUCACCUCUCCCCGUCCAAGCAUCCUCCCUUUCGCCGCAAGAACCAAAUCUCCAUUCACCAUCUCGUUAUCUUCCAGCAGCGCAGCACAACGAACAAUGGCACCAGGAGCCAGCAGCACAUUGCAGGAGUGGUUGGUCAUUGCGCCGGACUUCGAGGGCGCGCUGGAGAAGCGAUUGAAGGUUCGGAAUGAGCACCUCGGCGGGUUGAAGGCCGAUCCGGACAGCUUUUGGCUUUGGGGAGGCGCCAUGCUCGAGGAGCCUAUCAAAGAGGGCGAGACCCCCAAGAUGAAGGGCAGCGCCAUGUUGAUCGGGGCGAGCAGCCGGGAGGAAGUCAUCGAGAGGCUGAAGAAGGACCCGUACGUUGCCGGCGGCGUGUGGGACUUGGAGAAGGUGCAGAUCAUUCCGUUCAAGAGCGCUUUGAGGAAGGCUUUGUAGGUGGGGAAGGGGGGAUUGCUGGUGACGAAAGCGUAUGGUGACUGAGUCGACCCGGAAAUAUAUUACUACUACAUAUGAAGGUCUGUGAAUAGGACGGAGGAAUGGAAUGAAA